AUGCACGAAAUGCAAUCAGCUAACGAUGCCCAGAAAAGCGCCCUAGAAACUCGAAUUCGGGGGCUAGAGGAAGAACUGGAGAAAGAUGGAGAAAAGCACUCUCUGUUAGAAGAAGAAUUGAAAAAAGAAAUACUCGAGAUGAAAGACAACGAACGAAAGCAAACGAAUGAAAUCUCAGAUCUCAAAACGAAACUUGAAGAAAAGAGCCAGGAGAAAAGCGACUUUUUGAUGAAGCUAGUAAAAUCAGAGUCAAAAUCUAGGAGGGUUUUAUCCCUAAUCAACGACCAACUGAGGGAACUCAACAGCAAAUCCGACAACCAAACUGCUGAACUCCAGCAAUUGCGGAAACAGCUGGAAGAGCUCAAGACGGAGAAUCAGACUCUUGCGGGGUUCUACCACAGCGAAAGAAAGGUAUUUUAA